AAAAUAAUGAAGAUAUUUUCCAUAUUGAUUAUAUUAUGCUUCUGGACUGUCUACAUACAUUGCGCCGAGCUAUGCGGUCCAAGAAGUUGUGCUCCAGGUCUAUUUUGUUGUUCGGAUGAUAAGAGUGCAAUAUGUAAACCAAUCGCUCAAGCAGCUUCAUUGGUUACAUUCAAUUUAACAGUUGACGGAAAGUGGACUGAUUCAGCUCAGUUCAUUGGAUACAUAAAGAAUGUUUCAGGUAGAAGAAUAAGCAAGAUUACAUUGAAUGCUGUUGGCUUCGUGUUGUUGAAACCUUCAUCCAUUUGGAAUGCAAAGUAUACAGAGACCAUCAAUGAAAUAUAUAUACCCGACUUCCAAGAUGGUCUACCAGCAUUUCAAACUUACUCCUUUGGUUUCAUCUCUUCAAAACUUGAGAAGCCUCCUAUUACCAUUAAAAGUGUAAUGUUCUAA